GGAAAAGAGAAGAGAGUGAAAGAGAAAUCUUUUCCUGCCUUGUUUCCUGCAAAGACUGUUCUCAAGAGCCCGUUGGACAGCGAGGGGGCUCUUGAAGUGAUAGCUCACUGGCCAAAGAAAGGCUCCAAUUGUCUUGAGGGGCCUGGAAAGUGCUGCGUGUGCUUCUGAAAAGGCCCAGGGAGAAGGUGCCCGGUUUCGCUAAGCAGCUGCUGUUGGAGAUGUUUGGAGAUUACAUCAGCAUUGGAAGAGGGAGCUGAAAAAAGAAGUCUAACUUCAGAGAGAGGGAGUGUGUGUGUUUAUGGAGUUUUGCCUCCCCCCUUCCCUUCUUCCCCUUCCAAAGAUCUUCUGACAAUACUGUCAUUGUCAAUAUGAGGGUUGUUAAUUCUUUAUGAAUAGUACAUGGGGCCUCUUGCCUAAAUAGUACAUUACAUGUCCCAAAUCUGUCAGCUGGACUCUUCUCUCACAUGCUAGUGAGAUCACUUUGAUUGGAAUGUUACAGGAAUGGUUCAGUUUGCCACCCAGACUUGAAUACAUUAUAUAAUUAGAAUUAGAUCUCCCAAAAUAGUGGUAGAGCAGGAGAAGCAAUACUUCUGCAUCCCUCUCCAUUACUUCAUUGUUUUAGUUUAAAUAUGGGAUCAGACCCUUUGAUGAUUUUGUUGGUUGUAAUUAUAUUAACGCGAUUCAUUUUGUGGUCCUGUUUCAGUGCUUAUUUAGAUUACAAACUGGCUCGUAGGUUUCCUGAAAAGAGGAAGGAAUCUUGAAAGAGCUUGUAUGCAUUUUGAAUGAACAAAUGGAGCUUUAUUGGACUGUUUCCUAGAACAGGAGAAUUUUCUUUUUAUUUCUCAAAGGGGCUAGUUAAUGGUUCCCUUUUUUUUUUUGGUAGAAUUAACCAUGUUUGGGGCCGUUUUUAAAGCUAUUGAGCAUUUAAUAAGCAGCUGAUUGCCAAGUAGUUAAAUUGUGUCUUACAAAUUUUUUUUUGCUAGAGCAAACCUGUAUUGCUUUGGGGAUUAAAUGUUUUAGGAUAUCUGAACGUAAUCCAAUGAAGAAUCUAGGUAGUCAAUCUGACACUUUAACUCUCCUAACAAGGGGGCUAUACCUGUGGAACAAUUCACUGAACUAUGGCCUGCAGUUACAAUCACUGAAUUGCAAAGACUGGCAUCUUUUUAAAAUAGUGAUUUUCAACAUCCUAAAACAUACACAGAAAAUAUUUUUUCUCUUGAGCAUAAAGGGUUUAUCCAUUCCUUCCAACCUGAUAUGAAUCUUGGUCUGGAGACAUGGUUCUUGAAAACUACUGUAAUUAAAAGAAGGCCAACAAUGGUUCUUGUUCAAGUUCAGCCAGUGGGUUUCUAAUAAGUGGGGAUUUGAACUCUGGAGCCCUAGUCUGGCACUGGCUUUUUAGCUUUAUUAUUUUCCUAUUCAAAGUGUUCUAUAUUGUUUGAAAUUUAAGUAUGAUACUAAUAGUUUUCCUGUCUCGGAUAGCAUUUGAUGUUACUUAAUUCUAUUUGUAAUUACAUAUUGUAUUGUUUUUGUCUUUCCAUCUUUUUAUAAUUAAAAGAAUGUGUAUUAUGUA